AUGGCUGACCCUCUCAGCGUUGUUGCGGCUUUAUUUGCCACAAUAUCAGUCGCUCAGCAGGCAUUUCAAUUGGUCGCCAGCCAGCGGUUCAGUUCCUUGGAAAGAAGCUACGGAUCGUUCGUAGCUUUGUUCGUUUCGACUUUCCUGCGAAACACAGCAGGUCAGUACGAGAGAAUUGAAAGAAUCGUCAUUCGUGGCAGAGACGAAGACGCUUUAGCUUUCAGACAGGCAGUCACAGAUGAAUGUAAUAUGACUGCCGUUGCAGGGGCUAUCAUUGCCCAAGUGGCAAUCACCGCCCUCUCGUUGCCUGACCUAAGCUCCACACACUGGGUCGCUCGAGCGUUCUUUCUCUUCGCCAUCGCUGCUGGUUGCUUGUCGGUAUACUUUUGCUGCGUCCUCCAAAGAACUAUUGGAAAGCUUUACCGCGCGCAACUGAUCAGAACAUGGCUUAGCCUUCCACCUAAGGCCACCCAAGGUCCCGCCACUCCACCGAGAGCAUCUCUAGCUGCAGUUUUCAUCCUCUCAGCACCCUUCACUAUGAUGAAGGCUUCUAUCUUCGCGUUCCUGAUCGGACUUGCCAUCUACCAGGGUUUCACGUGGACACGAGGGCUAGACACUGACGCGGGCCGAUAUGAUAGCCGCAAUGUUUUUAUCACCUUCAUUGUGGGGACAGGGAGUGCUAUCGGCUUCUUUCUCUUCACGUUCUCUUCGAAGAUCAUUGAGAAUCUUCUCCAAAUCGGGAUCAUUGAGACUCUUCUCCCAGAUGAUAUGGCCACACCAGAUGACGCUGCUGAGCUUGAGGACUGGGAGCACCGGAGACUGGGCCUGCAAGACAACAUGCCAGCUGGUGGAUUGGCGGCUGCUCUUGAAGCAUCAGCGCGGGCUCAUAUCCAAUGCGCAGAGGCUGAUCGAAGACUGGCUUCUGCUUACGCGAGAACUCCGAACGUCUGA